AUGAUCAGUUUUCGGUGGUAGUAGUAGGCCACCAGUUUACUAUCAUCAGUUUCAGCUUUUUUAUUAGGCACGCGACAACAUCUGCCUGAUAAAUAAUGUUUCGAAACACGUAUCAGCGGGGAUUCCUGACAGUAUUCAGUAGCAGUGGAAGUAAACCUUUGGAGAUCUGGGACAUAGUCACGAAAAAUGGCCACGCCAAACGGGUUACCGAUGAAGAACUCAAGCUUAUGUCUUUUGAGCUAAUGGGCGCCAAUGUGGCCACCACGUACAUGGUAGCCCCAAAAUGCCCCUGCCCAUCCCUGGGCGUUAAGUUGCCAUUUCUAGUUUUGCUGGUGAAGAACCUCAAGAAGUUCUUCUCUUUCGAAAUUCAGAUACUGGACGAUCGUAACUUGCUGCGACGAUUCCGAGCAUCAAACUACCAGAGUGCAACACGUGUGGACAACUUUUGUACUGUGAUGCCACUGGCUCUCACUCCCGGAUGGAAUCAAAUUCAGUUCAAUCUGGCUGACUUUACGCGCCGUGCGUAUGGGACCAACUACAUCGAAACGGUACGCAUACAAAUCCACGCAAAUGUGCGCAUAAAGCGGGUCUACUUUUGCGACCGACUCUAUCCGGACGAUGAACUGCCACCGCAGCUCCGCUUGCACCCUCCGCUGAGGCCAACCAGAAUCACGGGCUAUACGAAGUCGAGCGGCAAAAAGCCGGCGGAAGCAAUUGAAACGGCUCGCCCUAGUACGCCGGUAACGGCAACAGAAGCACCUGCUGCCAGUGAGUCAGCCCCCCGAAGAAGUACCAUGCGUCCGGCUGUGGAGACCACUGUUGAGAUUCCCGCAGAGACGGUGGUGUUUGAAAGCGAUGAUGGUCCACCUCCUGAAGGUGAAGGUUCACCUGUACUUCCUGAAGAAUUUGAGGACCAAGUUCCUGACAUUGCUCCUGUGAUGUCAGCUCCGGAAAUCGCCGUUCAAUAUUAAGUUAGACUUUUUAGGUAAUUAUUGAUUGCAUUGAAUAGAAUCAGAUCAAAAUUUACUAGUAA